AUGAUUCAUCUCGCCACCAUUUUUAAGGCUGGACAAAAGUUACGAAAUUGUCGUGGAGGACGUAAACUUUCGUCGUAAUUUCGUUUUACGGAGGAAAUUUUGUUCGGAAAUUAUCUAUUAGAUUUUGAACAAAAAAUACUUAUUUUGCAGUUUUGGAAAACGGUGCCGAACCCUUUAGCAACCAUCCCGUCCUUGCGUGUCUUCAUUUCUGGAAGGAAAAUUUGUUCCGGUGAUGAUUCAUCUCGCCACCAUUUUUAAGGCUGGGCAAAAAUUAAGCAAUCGUAUGUGAAGGACGGAAACUUUUCAGGUUCUUUAACGGAGAAAAUCAUUCCUUGAAAUUUAUUGGAUUUUAAAGGAUAAAUACUAAUUUUUUCGGUUUUGGUAAACGGAAGUUUUCAAACGAAGCCAAUGCUCAAGAUGGCCGUGUGCUUGAUGAAAUCUAUUUGCGGAGUGACAAAAAUGUUAUGGAUAUUUCUUCUCGUCUUGUCUCAAGUAUCUGGACAUCCUAAACCCUUCGUCAUCACGAAGUCGUCAUUUAGUAGCUCCCCCAAAAUUGGCACCGGUAUAAAUGUCCGACAAUCUCAGAUUCCUACGUUUCACGGCCCACUUGUCAACAAUCAAGGUUUCCUACUUACUUACCCCAUCUGGCAUAACAACCCCUCCUUGAAUAACAACCGCUCCUUGAAUACCUACUCCUCCUUGAGUACCUACCAAUUUCUGAAUUUCAACCACUCCCGACAGAUGAAUCCCUUCCCGCUAAGUAGCUACUUCAAGUCUAUGAAUCGCCCCCCAACAACUACAUCCUCCACAACUAAUAGAAACCUCCCAAUUACUAAAUACGACUGGGCACCUAAAUUCUACCCCACUACUAAACCAUGUCAGCCUACUUAUCCCUUAUCGCUUGAUAACCUAUGCCCGCAGAUCGUAUACGCCCUCGCUGCAAAUGGCAUUACGCUUCCUACAACUUCUUCCAAACCUGACGACGACGUCUUGCAAAGGUCUUCGAAUGAUUCAAAUACUUUGAAUGGAAGGAAUGAUUUUGCUACUAAAAAUCUGACCUCGCUUUCCAACGGUGCCAUCUCGGUGACCUGUUGGAAACGAUUCUGUGUGUUUUGGGGGGCAUUGCAUUGGGCAAUUGGAACUUGGUUCACCGACUAAACAGCGAGUUUCGAUGGAUAAGUAUACACUAAUUAAUUAAAAUAUUUACGUGCCGGGAACAAUUAAUUGUUUACAAAUUGCUUGAAUUAUUGCUUAGCUAAAAUUUUCAAAAAAUUGGGCUUGCUAAAUAUGUACAACAUAAACAUUUACUUGCUUGCACACAAGACUUGGGAAGCAAAUGACAUCAUUCGAGAAAAAAUUUGUAGUGUUUAUGAAGAUGCAGAUCUUAGAAAACUUAGAAAAUGAGUAGAUAAUUCAUUAUUAAUAUAAUAGCAAUAAGUAGCAAAGUAUGCCGGUAUAAUUUCAUGAGUUUAAUGAGCUUACACUGGGAAUUUGUUAUAUUUAAUAUUUAUGUUUAUCUACCUGUGCUCAUAUCCGACGUAAUUAUUAAACUAAUGCUUGAGUUUUUUUUUCCUUGGAAAUAAAUGUAAUUGAUGGUAGAAUUGCAUGUAUUUUUAUAUGUGCGUGUGUGUAUGUAUUAAAAAUUCAACAAAUUACAAAACCGGGGCCAGAAUUCGAGUCAGACCAAAUUCUAGUCUCAAAUAAAUUUAUAAAUUAUUUCCAGUCAUACGUGACCAAAUUUUAACGAGUUUGAGACAAAACUCAAAAAAUAAUUCGAACGUUUUGGCAUUUAUUUCGAAAACUGACUAAGGCCACCCCCCCCCCCCCCAAUAUUAUUUCAUGUACACAAAAUUAGGCAAAUUUUAAGCCAUCAAACAUGCAAAUAGUUAGAGCGCGAAAAAAACGCUAUUAUAUUGUAUACAUCUAUCUUAAUAACAGUGUAAUAAAUUGGAAAAACAUACAAAAGUUAUAAUUUGUAAUGUGUAUGUACAUACAGAAUCUGUUUUUACAGAUUCUUUCAAAUGAAAUUCAUGCUUAUCUGCAUUCUGUAUUUUCAUCAUGAUCAUUUCAUGAAUCCUGAAUCAAUCGAAACCUACAAAAUCAAUGUGGAUUCCACAAUUCUUCAUGUAUGUCACACAUACCCUGUCACUGGAUUAUUUUACAAUCAUGAAUUACUACAGUAUUUACACUCAAAUUAAGCCGUUGAAUUAAUGUACAUACUUACAUAAGUGUUACAGUGGUUGAAAUCCAAAACCCAAGUGCGACAGCAAACUGACCGUGAACUAUGGAAAUCUACCCCCAUUUGAGAAUGCCAGUACGAAUACGCACAACAAACGUAUGCCUCAUUUGAAUCCAAUUUGGUCAAUUAAUGGUCAUUAAUUCUGAUUUAUUUUAAGUGCAGACAAGACGACUUGCUGUAUUUAGAUAUUUAGUGUCCUCUUCUAUUUACUUUGACGAGUUCAUAUCACUCUUAAUAUUUGUCCAGCUGGGUGAAGAUGUGAUAAUUUUUUCUGAAUAAAAAUAUUUGAAUUUCACCAAUUUCUAAAAACCUAAAUUACGCUUUGCAUUUUUGUUGAAAAUAAAUUUGGAUCGAAAAUGGAAGCGGUUGAAAUAGCAAAUACUGCAAUUAAUGGGACUCCCCCAGAUCUCUUUGGUUAUCUCGAUUAUUUGGUGUUUACCGCAAUAUUACUAAUAUCUGGAGCGAUUGGUUUGUUUUAUUGGUGCUUGGGUGAGCAAUCGACAAAGGAUUUUCUAAUGGGUGGGAGAAAAAUGGGAAGAUUCCCAGUUGCAGUAUCACUUUUGGCAGCAUUUUGUUCGCCGGUAGCACUACUAGGAAUUCCAGCAGAAAUAUAUUCAAAUGGCACGCUUUACGCCCUCACUGUCCCAUCCUAUAUUUUAGUUGCAAUUGUGACAGCAUAUUUUUACCAACCGGUAUUUUAUAAUUUGCAAUUAACUUCAGUAAAUGAGUACUUGGAGUUAAGGUUUUCCAAACCGGUCAGGAUUUUCGCAUCUGCAAUAUUUUCUGUACAAAUGGUAACUUACAUGGCGACUGUGGUAUAUGUUCCUGCCUGGGCGUUAAGUGAAGUUACUGGGAUAUAUUUUUAUUUUUGCGUUGCGGCUAUUUUUUCCAUUGUCGUUGUCUACACUGUUAUGGGGGGAAUAAAGUCCGUAGUUUGGACAAACGUUGUGCAAAUGGGGGUCGUUUUUGCAGUUAUGAUUGCCAUUGUUGUCAAAGGUUUCAUAGAUUUCGAUGGAGGAUUUGGUAAAAUUUGGAACAUAGCGGAGGAAAAUGGACGAGUUGAAUAUUUUAAUUUUGGUCUUGAUCCGAGAACACGACACAGCAUUUGGGGGCUUUGGAUUGGAGCAUUCUUCAUGUGGUUGUCGAUCUUUGGGGUCAAUCAAGUUCAGGUUCAACGGUAUUUAACACUUCCUAACAUUGGGAUGGCGAAAUGUGCAAUCUUAGCCAACUCACUCGGGUUUGUCGUCAUAUUAGCGGUAACCUGUUUAGCAGGAUUACUUAUCAAUUCAAAAUACUCGGAAUGCGACCCUAUUGAGUCAAAAAGGGUUAAAACUACAGACCAACUCCUACCAAUAUUUAUAAUCGAUACUUUUGGAGAAAAACCUGGAUUUCUGGGACUUUUUGUAGCUGCCAUAUUUUCAGGAGCGUUAAGCAUAGUUUCCAGCGGAUUACACAGCCUUGCCACUACCACUCUGGAAGAUUACGUGAAAUAUUUUCACCCCAUUAUCCACGAUCAAACGGCAACAAAAGCAGUCAAAAUCUCUGUCCUCGUAUACGGCCUACUUUCCCUCGGCCUGGUGAUCGUGGCUGAUCAAUCCGGCGGAAUUUCUCACCUUUCGUUAAAUAUUCUCGGAAUCAUUGGUGGUCCUCUGCUUGGCGUUUUCACGUUAGGAAUGUUCUUUCCAUGGUGUAAUUCAAUAGGGGCGUCCUUUGGCAUGUUAGCAUCGCUCGGGAUCAUGUCCUGGUUGGGAAUCGGGACAAGUUUGGCGACAAGUAGGGGGCAAUUGGUUAAAAGCAGUCUAGACGUUAGUGUUGAGGAAUGCACAUACGGAUAUUUUACAGUACCACAUGAAACUAUCCGAAUUUCGGAAAGUGGUGGAAUACUAGAAUUUUAUAAGAUUUCCUAUCUUUGGUAUUCGCUCAUGGGGACCGUAAUUGCAAUUGUGGUUGGACUGCUGAUUAGUUUUCUGAGUGGAAAACAAGACCCAAGCAAACUAGAGCGAAACCUCAUUAGCCCACCGGUCGAUAAAUUUGUUAAGAAUUAUAUCUCGUCAAAUAUACGAGCUAGAAUUGGAUGGGAUUUGGGAAGCCAUGUAGAGGACCAUGCAAAUUAUGAAAGAAAUACCACAUAUGGAAAACUUGUCGUUUAUAAGGGGACAAAGGAACUUCAACAAGUGCAAGCGUCGUAAAUAUUGCAUAAUUUUAAUAUCGACUAAUAUUAUUUAAAUAGUAUACAUUAAUAUUACGUAAAUAUAAUACAUACUAAUUGGAUUACUAUGCAUAAAGCAAAAUUGUACAAAUAUAAGUUUAUGCCUUUUAUUUAUUCUCACUUUUACUCUUUAUCCUCACUUUGCAUACUUAUUAUAAUUUAGGAUGUGCAAAAAAGUGAACUUAAAACCUAAUCAUUUGUUUAAUUUUCUUGUAUAUACCUAUGCAUGUUUGUAUUCGUAUAUAUGCAUACACAUUCAAGGGAAAUCCUUGUACAAAAUAUCAAAAUUCUUGCAAUAAAGUACAAUUUACUUCGUC